CUGAUAGACAGCACUGACUGGCAUCACUGCUGGGCACUGACUGGCGGCACUGACUGGCACAACCGUUGGGCACUGACUGGUGGCACUGACUGGCAGCACUGCUGGGCUGCACUGGUGGGUGGCACUGGUGGGUGGCACUGGUGGGUGGCACUGCUGGGCACAGGUAGGUGGCACUUCUGGGCACAGGUGUGUGACACUGCAGAGUGGCACAGGUGGGUGCACUGCUGGGCACAGGUGGGUGCACUGCUGGGCACAGGUGGGCGGAACUUGUGGGUGGCACUGCUGGGCACCGAUCAUCAGGGCACUGAUCAUCAGUGCCCUGAUGAUCGGUGCCGAUCCUCGCUCUGACAACUGCCGGUUCUCGGCAGUACUUUCCUCAUGAUCUGACAGCGUGAGGAAAGUGCAGCCGAGAACCGGCACUUGCAU